AUGUUAGAUGUUUCAAGUAAAGUUAAUAAAGUUAAUGAGUCUGAAGAAAAAAAGAAGAGUGUAAAUAAUGUUAUGUUAAACGAUCCAGCUCAAGUCCAAUUAAAUGAAGAAAAAGGAAAACGUGAUGCAUCUAAAGAACGACAAAGUGAAAUUAACCGAAAACAAGAAAAAAAGACAUUAAAGGCACAAAAGAGUGAAGAAUUGAAGAUUCAAGAACACCAGCUUCGUGAGGAACGUUUAAAACCCACCUGUGCCAUGUUAUUAACAUUAUCCCAUAAAAAAUAUGAACACGACCAAAUGUGUCGUGACGAAUUGAACUGGAAACAUACAAUAGAGUGUAACGGUACUCCUAAUCCUAGAGUGUUGCAAGAACUUAAUACAUAUAUAUAUUUCAAGAAACAAUUAAACCAUGCUAAUGAGAAUUGGAACUUCUACGAGGACAAUUGCUUAGAUAUAUUUAACAUUAUAAAUGCGGUGGAUGACAUCGUGGAUUUACCAUUGAAUUUUAAUCAAUUUAAACUUCAGUGUUUUCGAGAAUCAAAAGACAAUUUGGGAAGACUAUUGAUAGAAAUCGUGUAUGAAGUAUGUUAUUAUCUGCUGAGUGAUUAUGAUCGCAGAAUGGAUCCAAUAGAUUUAGAAACGGUCGCUUAUCAAAAGUCUUGUGAAGCAUUUUCUGUUGGUCUGCAUGUUGUAUGCCAUAGGCCUAGAUUACGAACAGAUAAUAGAUCACCUCCAAAAUGUAAUUUCCCAGAAUGUCUGGUCAUGGUGGAUGUACCACCACAACUUUCACAACAGUAUAUGGCAAUAAUGGUUCUGUGGUUACGCUGGGAUCCUUUUAGAGACAGAAUAGUUAAGUUUGAUGUAUCAAAUUCACUUGAGUCAGAUAUUAGAGAUCUGUGGCAGUACUCUGAGGAUAUGUGGGAAGAGCGCAACCAGAUAUUAAAGACACUUAACGAAAAAAAGGAACAAAUGAAAAAAAAAAUCUGGAACAUUAAUAUGGAAGAAAAAUUAAAAUUGUUUACUGCAGUUGACCCGAGCAAUUACCCAGACGAUUUAAAAGCAUACAUUGAUGAACUGAGAGAGAAUGAAACAGAAAUUAUUAUAGAAAACAUACUAGAAUAUGAAGCAGUACAAGAAAUGGAUGAACGCCAAGAUGAGGUCGAGAUAAAAGAUGAACCUCAAAUUCCAGAAGAAGUAAAAGCAACUAAAUCAACAACACACAUAGAUUUCGAAAAAUCUCCUAGUCAAGAAAUGGAAAAAAAUCCUAUUUUAUUAAAAUAUCCAGAAAAACCAAAUGAACUCAAUCCCAGAAGAUACUGGAUUAUUGGUGGAGUAUUUAAUGUAGAAAUGUGGAAACUUCCUAUGCAACCCGUUAAACUUAAAGAUGGGUCAGUGUGUGUAUUGAUCCAAGGUCCUGCUGCACUACAACCAAUCGAUUAUUAUGAAAAAUACGAGCCGUUACAUUUUCCGUCCACAUCGUUGGUAGACCAAAAAACGGAUGUAAAGGAACAAAACCAAGAAGCUCUUGAAAGACUGACAAUGGUACAUAUCAAGUUAUCAGAAAAUGUGCUCUGGUUCGAAAACCCUAAACCAGCCAUGUGGAAUGAAGAAAAAAAAGUUUGGACUACUGAUUACAUAUAUGACGUCAGGUUCAACGAGGAGAAGCAGAUGGUAUCUUUCCGCACGGGUCGAAUGGGUUUUUUCGGGCUGGCCGUCAACCGGUACUCGAACUUUCCGUUUCAGACGUGGGAGAUACGGCCCGAGGACAGCAGCAGCCCGUACAGCGGCGUCAUUCUGUCCGUGACUUCGGCCACGGUGCUGAUUGAGUUCGCGGUACGCGGCGACCACGUUGCCAUGGUGCAGCUGCAGAACGCGACCACAGCGGUGGUGCAGGAGUUGAUCGGAGUGUACCACCGACCGGACAAGCUGGUGCGGUUGCUACGCCGCAGCGGCAUUAACCUAUUUCCCGAGCCGGACGCGUUGCACUACGUAGACGGGCGCCGGCCACCCAAGCACGCGGUUGCCGAGCGCCACACGUAUCGAUGCAUGGCUGCCCUGAGCGGCACCCACCAGUUCACCGCAUCCCAGAAGAACGUCCACGUGGCCACCGACCGGAUCGUGAUGCAGAUGAAAGAAAUACCGGUCGACGCUGCUGGUUUCGCCGCUACGGCGGACGAUGGUGGUGUAGGAGUCCCGUUCCAGAUGAUCAUGGUGACGCCGGAACGGGCCGUGCUGCUCAAGUGCAACGAGGUCGACCAAACGUUCUCGGAGGAACCGUUGAACACGGACGACGACACGCCGUUCGCACCCGACCUGUUCACGCUGGCCGCGGACACCGCAAGCACGGAUCACGUGCGCGCCGCCUUGGCCGACGUCCGUGACUUCAAGACCGUACAGACAUUGUACUACCUGUUGGACAAAAUUAAACCCUUGAGUUACACUUGA